CCUCUUAGCGUUUGAACGUGUGCGUAGGGAUAAGAACGACACAGGCCGGAAAAACGAAGAAAACGAGGAAGACGUCGCGCGCGCGGCACCGUUGUAAAGAGACGCACAGACACUCGCAAGGCACACUCGGCACUCUGACCCCCGACCGUGUUGCGCUUUCCUCGUGCGCGGCUGUACGGCGAUUGAUCGACAUCGUCCAAGGACACGGCAUCGCGGUUCAAAUAGCAAAUGUAUCUUUUGUGGUUAGCGAAGUGUGAUAAUGUACGUUGUGAAGUAUUAUGAAGCAUUUCAGUGAACAUUGUGCUCUCGAUAGCUUAACAAAUGUCUUCAAGUUGGUAGUAACGGUAAUCAAACAGACACGCGAUAUACAUAAAGCUUAGCGAAGCAUAGAGCUGUGAACUCACUUGCGAUAAGGCGGAAAUGAUGACUUUGAUGUCGGAGAUGGGAGCUUACCUGCAGUACGGUUAUCCGGAGCAUCAUCAGCAACAGCAGCGACAGCCUGCAACGGCAACGCAUCAGCCUGUGGUAAAUCGUCAAGCCGAUCAGCCUGCAACUCGCUCCACGCGAUCACCUAGGCUUAUUCGCUAUCAUCAGCAGCAACACAAUAGAAUAUGCCAGCAGCGAGGUUACUCUCCAACAAUGGUGCAGCAGCAGCUCGUAACGUGCAAUGGCGCCGAAGCAAUGGAAACUGACUACCUGGCAAGACUAUCAGCAUCACCCGCAGAUAGACGAGUGGACGACUCGGGACUUACGACAGUCUCUGCUAGUAGGAGUAUCAUUGAAUCCUCAACGACAACGCUGCACUAUCACGUUGGAUCACAAAGUACACGUUACUUGUCGGACACGGAGGACGACGACGAGGACGAUGUAGACGACGACGACGACGACGACGACGACGAAUCAUCGGUUCUGUCGGCCGACGCUUCAGCAACGAGUAGUAGUAGUCCGAGCGUCAGCGAACAGGAGCGACUCGUUCCUCAUACCACGGCUAGCGCGGAUGGUCGAGUGUUGGCAAACGCUCAUAACGAUCACCAUCAGCAUCACCAACAUGGGCAGCAGCGCACCUGUUUGUUGUGGGCGUGCAAGGCUUGCAAAAAGAAAACCGUCACCGUCGACCGCAGGAAGGCCGCCACUUUGAGGGAGAGGCGCAGGCUGCGAAAGGUAAACGAAGCGUUCGAAGUGCUGAAAAGGCGGACGAGCGAUAAUCCGAAUCAGCGCUUGCCGAAGGUCGAAAUCCUGCGCAACGCUAUCGAAUAUAUCGAGAGCUUGGAAACCCUUCUGCGAGGUAAUCGAGUCUCAAGCUCGCACAAGAGGGCUAACCUCGAAAAUAUGAGUGCCGACUCACCGCAGUACGUGACUGACAGACUACGCCAAUUCUCCGACCCUUUGGCUAGGUUUCAACCUAUUGGUGGUUACGAUCAAAAAAUCGAUCCAACAAACGAGCAGAGCUCCGGUAGCAGUCUGGACUGCCUGAACCUCAUAGUACAGAGUAUCAGCGAUUCUCCUACGUCUACAGUGUCAACGAAUGAGAAUCAGCAUGCCGCCGUCCAGCAUUAGAGAUGUCACGCUAUUUUUAUAUACAAGCCAAAUAAUGUUCGAUAAGUCGUUAAUUAGCGGACAAAAAUACCAAAGUUUUAUCUUGACGCACUGAUUAGAAUAAUGUUUAAUGGCGAGUUUUUUUAAAUAAACCACUAGGGUUAGUAGAUUAAUUUCACUUUGAUGUGAAAUAGCACUGAUAUACAAUUAUUUUUGUGAGAUUGCCGAAUUGAAAAAAAGGCCUAUUUUUCAUGCCUUGCAUAUGUUUCACAAACAUCCUUAGACUUUGAUCUUUGAAA